UUUAGCACAAACUAGAAAAGCAAACCUAACCUCAUCAUCUAUUGUCUGGAGUAUAAUUUACCCGACAAUUUAUACUUGUGAUUGAAUACUAUAAAAAAAUCUCUAGCUUCGUUCUAAUUCCCAAAAAUGGAAAGGGACAUAGAACAAUUAAAUUUGGCGUUAAACUCUAUAAAAAUACUUCGAUCGAACGUUCGUCGGGUGUUUGAAUCCGUUAGUAAUGGUUUAAGAGCCGAUCACGGUGAUGAUGGAAAAGAAAACAAAUUUAUUUUCGAACUACAAGAAUUGUUGACCACCGUCAACAAUAAUUUAAGAGACGUUGAGAAUUCUGUAGCAAAUCUCACACCACCUCCUGGGGCAUUCAGUUUGGGCAACACAACAUAUUUAAGUCAAGAGACCACUCAAGAACGGCAAGCACUGUAUGAUCAAUUAGUCAACAGCUAUAAAUGGACAGAUAAAAUAAGAGAAUACAGUGCUCUUGCUGGAAAUAUACUAGCUGCCAAUUCUUUCAAUAAGACAUACAAAACUUACAGUACCUCAAAAAGGAGGAAAACUCAAACCAGCAAUCAUAAUGUGCCACCAGACGUUAUUGAAAGCUUGAUUACAAGCAUUGAUAGGCUUUUUAAUGAUGUUACAAUAACUGCAAGCAGACCAUUUGUACCUAAUCCUGUCAUUCAAGUUACCCUUGGGAAAGUAUUGAAUGCAGUUAUAGCUUUUAAAGGAUUGAUGAUUGAGUGGGUAGUUGUAAAAGCUCUUUCUGAGAGCAAUGAUUUAUGGUCAGAAUCUAGGUUCAAAGUGUUUAAAAAAGUAACAGAAAACUGCCAUGCUGCCAUGUGUCAUUUUCAUUCCCCCAUGAUGCCCGAGCUUGCUGUCAGAUCCUUUAUGCAUUGGUUUCACAGUUAUAUUAGCCUAUUUAGUGCUCCCUGCAAGAGGUGUUCCAAACAUCUUCAUAACAACUUACCACCUACAUGGCGGGAUUUAAGAUCUUUAGAAGCCUAUCAUGAAGAGUGCAAAUAAAAACAUCAAAAUUACAUUACCUAGAAAUUGUAAAAAUUAUUACUGAUGUGUAAAGAUGUUUUUAAUGUAAGCUUUAAAUAAAAUGCAAUAUUUGGUCCUACUUUCCAUUUAUAUU